UAGAUAUAUAUAUUUAUACACAUAUACAUACAUGUAUUUGUGUAUGGUAUGCGUGUACAUCGAUACACACGUAUAAGUAUGCCAUCUUCAGUAAGACGACACUGUCUAGAUGUAUCAAUCGAAUUGCUGUUUUGUUUUGUUUAUUUUUUGUUCUUUGUUGUUGUUUUUUUAUAUUUAUAUUCUGAAAGUACAAAAGAAAAAUAUUUAUGCUUUUUUUUCCCUCCCAUUCCAAGUAACUUCACAUUAGAGCAGGCUCUAGAGAUUAAUUCUUCGACAUUAUUAUAAAGAAUCGACUACAAUGAAUAUAAAUGUCUAGUUUACGACGUUAACAACAACAACAACAACAAUAAUAAUAAUAAUGAUGAUAAUGAUAAUUAUUUGCACAACAGCUCCUGGUUGAUUCCUGCGUCCGUGAGUAUACAUAAAUAUAUACAUACAUGCAUACAUACGUACGUACAGACUUAUACGUAUAUGUAUAUGUGUAUAUGUGUGUGUGUGUGUGUGUGUUUGUGUGUGUGUCUAUGGAUAUGUAUGUACAUGAACUGCUUUGUAUAACGCAUGUAUAUAUAUAUGCAUGUAUAUUUAUAUCUCUUUAUCUUUUCUCUGGCUACGUUCACCAUUCCUGAACUGACAGCUGAUACGGAGAGUAAUGGUCAAACCAUAUCACGUGAUACUAGUAAAGAUCUCAACAAAUCAGAAUCUGAAAACUUACUGUAUCCUACAUCUGGUCACAGUAAUUCGGUAGAAGAAAGUUUGCCAUCACCAAUAUCGGACACAUACGAUGAAACUUCUGAAACUAAAAAGUGUCUCGAUCCUAUUGAAGAGGAUGGAAAUCAAGACGGUCGUAAUAACACAAAGGAAAGUCAAUACUCCCAAAUGUACGAAGCACCAGAAGCUGAAGAAGAUGACGAAAAAGAACGAGGUUUUAACCGAGGAGAGGCGGGAGAUAGUCCUUACACCACUACCAAGAUCAACGUAUGAAAGGGAUUUUGCCAUGAAAAAUAGCGACUCGGGGGACUACGGGCGUCUGGAGAGAACGCCAUAUUUGAUUAUGUGAUUAUGAACAACGUACCACCAUUGGCGAGCAGACGACACAGAAUGCCGUUGACUGUUAGGAUUAUACACGUGCGCGCGCACAUACACAUCCACACACUCACACGCACAUCCACACACACACAUACAGACACACACACACACACAUAUUCAUACACACAUACACACACGACAUAUACGCACGCAUAUACAUAUACUUGCAAUCAUAUACGCACACUGACAAAUACACACGUGCAAAAAAUAUAUACAUAUAUACAUGUAUAUAUUGUGCAUGCAUAAAUAUA